CAGAGGAAAAAACAUCCGGUUUCAAGGAUGUUUCUAUUGCAGCCAACUGGGCCAUUGGGCCAAAGAUUGUCCGCUACUACUAACGCAAUACCCACCACAAGCACCAGGAUUCGAUCCUGCACAAUUUCAGCAGCCCCAGGCACAACAGUAUUAUCCCCAAGUACAGCAACAGCAAGCACCUGUGUAUACUCCUGUCCAACUACAGCCGCAAGCACCCAUGUAUCAACAGAGGGGAGGUCCCAGUGGUGGCGGAGGAUUUCAAGGACAACCAGGAGGAAGAGGGGUGCCAAACAUGAACCAAAUGCCUCUGACAGCUUGGAGUGGUCCAUACCAAUGAGGAGGCCCAGAGGAUCCAAUCACAGGUGACGUAAUUCCAGCCCAAGAUGAACCAAUGGUCACCUGUGAGAUUGAGGGAGAAAAGGUGGAAAUGAUGGUGGAUACAGGAGCCACAGCUUCCUGCUUAACUAGUUUGAAAGGAAAACCACCUCCACUCUCAAAACACACCCUCAAAACAGUUGGAUACUCGGGAAAAAUUGAUGUACAAACAUAUACAUUACCAUUGGUCACAAAAAUUGGAAAGCAGCUUCUCCAACAUCCAUUCCUCUAUGCACCAAAUUGUCCCAUAAAUCUGAUGGGAAGAGACCUCCUAGUAAAAUCAGGAGCAAGAAUUUUGUGCACCCCAGAUGGACUCCUAAUCCAAUUCCCAGGACAAAUACCACUCUACCAAACGUAUGCCGGCCAACAAAGAAUCAUGUUGAUGGCAGCAAAUCCAGAGAACGAUGAAGAAAAUGACACAACUACAGUGUACUGGAGCCGCCUGAUCACCACUGAAAUCGAUACUCCACAUGUGCAAAGAACCUACAUGGCCUGGAAGCCAUGGAUAAAUACACUAGGACCCUAUGGGCCCCCACAAGAUCCCCUUCAUUGUACGUACAAUUAUCUAAGAAGACCGGACGAAGAAUAUCAAGACGCUUGGUUGGAAGAUAAAGAGGGAAUGAUGGAAGAUUUGACAGUGGCGGACAUCUAUGUAGGACCGCAGGGUGUAGCAGCAGCUGUAAAACUCUCAUCAGAACAAAGACAAUGGUACAAUUUAUCUGAAGAAGCUGUUCCUCAUGUCACGCUUGCCAUGACCAUAGGAGCGGAAUCUAGAUCAUUGGGUCCAAUGAUAAAGACUGCCUUGAACGCAGACUGGUUGCCAACAGAAUCACCUUUCCUGUGGCAAUCAACAGACAAAACGAUGUGGAGGAUUGGAAACAAUAGCAAGGAAAAAGGAUUAUUGGAAAAACAGGAAUUGGACAGAGAUCAUGGAAGAGAACACACAAACCAUCCAGACACAGAAGACAUGCUGUCACAAGUGCCAACAUAUCUUUGGACUACUGGAGACUAUGAUGUUGGUUUAGUAAAUCAUGAAGUCUCAGUGAAGAUGUUGGAAGAUUACAGACCAUGUUGGCGCCCUCAAUACAAAUUGAAACAAGAACAGAUUGAGGGGAUCGGAAAUACCAUCCAAGGAUUGUUGCAAGCUGGAGUAAUCAGACACACCUGCUCAGAAUGGAAUACCCCCAUCUUGCCAGUACCAAAAGCUGGGAACAAGGGUUGGAGGAUGGUCCAUGAUCUAAGAGAAAUCAAUAAAGUCACUAAAACUGCAAAUAUCCCGGUCCCAGAUCCACAUGUGGCAUUACAAAGUCUUAAUCCAGGUCACAAAUAUUUCACAGUCAUAGAUCUAGCUAAUGCAUUCUUUUGCUUGCCAUUAGAUCCAAAUGUCCAGGACAUAUUUGCUUUCACCUACCAGGGACAGAGAUACACUUACAAUAGGAUGCCACAGGGGUACAAAGAUAGUCCGGGAUUAUUUAAUCGGGCGUUAAAACAAGAUCUCAGUGCAUUACAACUACCAGAAGGAGUGACUCUAAUACAGUAUGUCGAUGAUUUGCUCCUAGCCGGACCGGAUGCAGCAACAUGUCUCGCUGUGACACAGAAAUUGCUAAUCCUACUGGCCAAUGUUGGAUACAAGGUGAAGAGAGAGAAGACUCAAAUCGCAAGGAGAACGGUUACAUUCCUGGGAAGAAUGAUUUCCUCCAACAGCCUGACUCUGACACCAGCACAAAGAUCUUCCAUCCUCUCCCAACCGAAGCCUAAAACAGUGCAAGAGAUGCUAGCAUUUUUGGGCCUAACAGGAUAUAGCAGGACCUACAUACCUGACUAUGUGGAUUUGACACAACCACUGAGACACAUAAUUGCAGAAGCAGGAAACAGAAAUCUUAAAGCUACUCUCGAGUGGACAACGUUAGCCGAAGAAGCUUUCACGAAGACGAAGCAAGCCCUGAGUCAAGCGGCACACCUCUCCACUCCUGAUUAUGACAAUGAUUUUUUCCUUGAUGUUUCUGAAUCAGGUGGAAUAGUCAAUGGAGUCCUGUUUCAGAAAAAAGGGGGAGUGAGACAGGUACUGAUGUACCAUAGCUCAAAGUUGGACAAUAUAGAACUAGGCCAGACAGGAUGUGCAAGACAUCUAGCUGCACUAGCAAAAGUCAUCGAGAAAACUGCACACGUGGUAAUGUGCCACCCAUUGAAAGUCAACACAGCACAUGGAGUAGUAGCAUUUAUAAAUUCACAGGCAUUUACAUUUUCUCCAAUCAGGAAAAUUAAGAUUCAGAGUAGCCUGUUGAAACCACACAUAACGUACCAAGCAGGGUUAACAAACAUGUCUACAGGAUUGAGUACAAAUGAACACACACCCCAUGACUGUGAAUUUGUCUCCCGAAAUGAUCUCAAGAUAAGAUUUGAUUUAGAGAUAGACGCUUUGGACAAGCCAGAUCUCACUUUAUACAGUGAUGGCUGUUGUUACAAGGGAGACGACGGAAAUGUGGCCUCCUAUGCAGUAGUCCAGCAGAAGGGAGACACGAUACAGGUCAUAAAAGCAGAAAUCAUCUCCCAGCCUGCUUCGGCCCAACUGGCAGAAGUUGUGGCACUCACCAAAGCUUUGGAGCAUGCAGAGGGACAAAGAGUCAAUAUCUAUACAGAUUCAGCAUAUGCCUAUGGAGCAGUGCAUAUAGACGGACCACAGUGGAUCAGAAGAGGGUUUCUAACAUCUGCUAAAACACCAGUAAAACAUGCUGAAGUGCUAAAACUCCUGCUAACAUCUGUACUGUUGCCAUCACAAGUAGCAGUGAUGAAAUGCAAAGGACAUCAAACAUUGGACAAUGAAAUAUCCAGAGGAAAUGAUGCAGCAGACAAAGCAGCAAAGCAGGCAGGAGGGUACAGCAAGCAAAUGAUAUGUACGAAGGCCAAUACUCAAGAAGAGUUAACCACCGAACACAUCAUAGACAUGCAGAAAUAUGCUGGAGUGUAUGAACAGAAUCAAUGGAGUCAGAAAGGAGCAAAAGAAGUAGAUGGUCUAUGGAGAGCCCACGAUGGCCGUUUAGUUGCACCUGCAAAGUUAUGCCACCUGCUAAUAGAACAAUCACAUGGUCCCACUCAUGUAGGCAAAGCAAGAACAACAAAAGACAUUGAACAACAGUGGUGGCAUCCUUACAUGAAAGACAUGGUUGAAAACUUUGUAAACGACUGUGACACAUGCAAUGCAUUUAAUGUAAGAAAGCCAUACAAAUGCCCAAUGGGAAGAUAUCCAGUCCCAGAAGCCCCAUUCAAAGACAUUUGUAUUGAUUACACAGACAUGGGAGCAGAGAAUGUAGUUAGAGGGUUUAGGUAUAUGUUGGUAAUGAUUGAUCGUUAUACCAGAUGGAUUGAAGCCAUUCCCUGUAAGAAAGAAGAUGCAAAGACAGUCAUUAAGUGGCUUAAAACAGAACUUAUACCCCGCUAUGGAGUGCCAAAGAUAAUAAGGUCAGACAAUGGCACACAUUUCACAAGCAAACAUUUGGAGGAAGUAGAGUUAUAUUUCGGUAUAAUUCAUAAGUUUGGGUCAGCAUACCACCCACAGUCUCAGGGUAUUGUAGAAAGAGCAAACCGAACAUUAAAAGGGAAAAUUGCAAAGGUCACUUUUGGUACAAAAAUCAAAUGGGUUGAUGCUUUGCCUUUGGCACUCAUGUCAAUGAGAUCAUCUCAGGGUGCUAAAACACAUCUUUCGCCCCAUGAGUUGUUGACUGGUAGGCCAAUGCCAGGUCCUCCUAGAGAAGGAGGGAGUGGCCCAGCUUUAGAUAUCAGACAAAUAGAAGUUGAUGAAUAUGUCAGGGCUCUGAGUAACAUUAUCCAAGUUUUGUCUACACAGGUUCAAAGAACUGCAGAGAAACCAGACGAAGCACCAGAAGAGACUCCUCUAAAGCCGGGUGAUUGGGUGAGGUUGAAAGUUCACAAAAGAAAGUGGGCUGAACCCAGGUGGACUGGACCGUGGGAAGUUGUUGAAAGAACUUCACACGCGCUCCGGAUAAAAGGUAAAAAAGGAGCAAAUUGGCACCACCUGACACAUUGUCGCCCUGCACUGGCACCUUCCAGAAAGCUCUCGGAAGUUAGGACUGAUUUGGCAGAGCUGGAACAAAACGAUAAAUAAAAAUCAGAUCAAGAGACAUUCAGAUAGAAACAGCUCAAAAGACCAAUUGUCUUUAGAUUAUAGAUUGAUCACUAAAGCAGAAUAACUAUUUCUGUUUUUUCAUCUGAAACCUAUUUUUGUUGUGCACAAAAAAGAGUCCAAGAUUUUGUUUUUAUUUCUGUGUAGUC